AUGUCCUUCUUCCGCAUCACCCUCCACCGCUCGGCUAUCGGCCUGCCCAAGAGCACCCGCGGCGUCCUCGACGCCCUCGGCCUGCACCGCCGCUCCCAGACUGUCUUCCACCCCGUCAGCCCCCAGUUCGCGGGUAUGAUCCUCAAGGUUAAGGAGCUCGUCCGCGUCGAGGAGGUUGACCGCGCCAUGUCCCAGACCGAGCUGCGCGAGCUGCGGAGGCCCGACCCCGGGUUCUACGUUGAGAAGGCCGUUGCGCGGUGA